UCUGCUCAUAUAAAAGCACGAACGCAAAUGUCCCAACCCUAGAAUCGCUGUUUUUCCUCUCGCUCCUCCUGUGGGCGGCGCCGCCGCUGCGCACAGAACACAUCCUCGCCAGCGUAGCUUCUCCGGCGUCCGGCCAACGCGCUCACUAGCCUCCCGCCUUCCUCCACAUCUCCUCGCCUCCACCCCAUCCAGUUCGUGCCAUUCGCUGCUCCAAGACAAGGGCAUGGCACUCGGCGGCUGCGGCAACGAAGCUGAUGGUGCACGAGCCAACCAUGAAGGCAGUAGCACGGGGCAGCGACAGCAGCAUGGAGGGCGUCCUCUUGUUUGGGAAGGUAAUGGAACUGCAAAUAGGAGUGGCAGCGGCGACCAGGAUGCAUGUCAUAUAAUUUACUUGUUUACUAUUCAAACCUUGAAGAUACGUGCUGAAGAAGAUCAAGAGAAAGAGAGAGAUAUAGAUAAAGAAAUUGAUCCAAGUGCAUUGCUAAUGGAUACCACAAUGUUUGAUGAAACAAACCCAAUAAUGGAGUGGCUGAAUGAGGAUGUAGAGGAUCCGAUUGUGGAUGGAGCUGAUGCAGCUAGUGCUGUUUUUGAGCAAAUAAGGCGCCUCAACUCAAGCAGGAAGGCGUCUUAUGUUGGUUCAAAGGGUAAUAACAAGAAAAGAAAGAGGAAUGAUGAUGAUGAGAAUGAGUUUCUUGAAACUGAGAGUGAGGAUGAUGAAGAAGAGAAUGAAUAUGUUGAUAAUGACAUCGAGGAUGAUGAUGGGGUGAGUGAGGAUGAUGAGGAUGGUGAACAAGAUCAGCUAGAGACACAAAUGCAACUUGAAGAAGAGACACAAGUACAAGUUCAAAAGGAGGCACCAACAAGCACUGGCCAUUUGGAGACUAGAUCUGGACGACUUAUAAGGAAGAAGACCAAGAACGUCAACAGCCUCUACUCGUAAAUUUGAAAUGGCACGUGAGCAAAGGAUAUCAAGAAGCUUUUGGAUGUUGGGAAGCUUGGAGCUGAUGCUUCAAAUAAGCUGAUGGUUGUCUUUUGGAGAUGUUUCUAUGUUUAAUGCUUUAAAGUCUUUUGGCUGCACUGGACUAUUUAAACUUUGAACUAUGCUGUGAUGGUUGAACUGAUGCUGGACGGUUAAGGAUUUAUGUCAGAGGCAACUUUAUAACUAAUGUGUGCCUGUUAUGUUGGACUGUUAAGGGUUAUGUUGGAGGCAAUUUUAUAACUAAUGUGUGUCUGCUAUGUUGGAUUGUUAACUGUUAUGUUGGAGGCAACAUUAUAGCUAACGUGUGCCUGUUAUGUUGAGCAGAUUCAAUUUUCUUAA